AUGUAUUUAUGCCCUCCUUCAAAGGUGACAUAUUUGCAAACUAAUAACCGCAAUUUGAAUUACACCUAUAAACGGCAACAACGGACAACCAAAAAAAAAUUAGAUAAAGAGAAAAUUUUGCACUUUUUAUUCAUAAUCCUUGAAUUGAUUGAGAUUGAUCGAAUAGAUAGUCUAAUAAACUUAAAAGGAUUACGGAUAUCGCAUAAAGCUGAUUGUGAUAGUGGCAUAUCAGCGUGUCAUCGGUUGUCUAGUAUCGCUGAUGAGAUUCUGGAGCAGCUGGUCGAGUGGACAAAAAUGCUUCCGUUCUAUCAAGAUCUCCCUGUUGAAGUGCAUACUCAUCUGUUAACACAACGAUGGGCUGAACUAGUACUAUUGUCAGCGUGUUUUUAUGCCAAAUCAACAUCGUCAUCCAUUAACGAAACAUUGUCAGGUAAUGAAGAAGUAUCGUUUGUUGAUGCAUCAAUAAAUCUACAACUGUUACAGAAACGUUUGAGUGCUGUUAUGGGCAAAAAUAUUCCACUGGAACAUGUCUAUAAGGAAGCAGGGCCACUUGUCGAAAAGUUUACGGCAUUGUUGAAUUCGUUUAAUCGUCUACAAAUAACACUGGAAGCUUAUGUAUGUCUGAAAGCAAUAACUCUGCUGCAUUAUACACUUCCAAAUUAUGUUUCACAAAUUCAGGAUCAGUUUGUCAAAGCAUUACAGAUUCAUCUAAGUCAGCAUGAAAAUGGUGCUCGAUUAACCGACAUUCUUACAUGGCUUCCAUUUUUGCAUUCCGCAUCAUCGGUUCUGUUGCACAGCAAAAUGUUCUACGUACCGUUUUUAAUUUCUUUGCGUCUAGAAGUUGUUUUUUGGUUG